CUUUCCAUAUAUUUUUGUUUAGGAGAAUUCUGUGUUCCACGGAAAGGUGAAGAUGCUGACCGAAGGCUCGCCGAAGAUGGGAGCACGUUUGUUAUUCGUUUCGCUUUUCCUCGUCGCGUAUUAUCAUCGCAGCAUCAACGCUCAAAAAUUGAAACUAUGUACGGUGGAGAGUGUUCACACGACAAAAAGGAUCCAUACACUUUGCCCGCUAUUGGAAACAACAGAUCAGGGAAUGUGCGUUAUAGGAAACGAUAGGAUCAACUGCCUGAGGCAGUUGGCCAUGGGCAAAGCCGAUUUUACCGUGUUGGAACCGGAAGAUCUGGUUGCGACGUCCGCUUACAACGAAUACAAAAUUCUAGUCACGAACGAGCUAAGAUUAUUCCGAGAUGACAAGCAACGCUACGAUAUGGUAGUAAUUGUCCAUAAAGACGUGGGGAACGUGUGGGAUGUUAAAGGGAAGAGGUUCUGUCAUCCUGGACUGGAUACCACUGACGAUUGGACAAAUGCUUUCUCCACGUAUUUCGAGAAAUGGAUAAUAACGAAAGAAUGUGAUCCGCAAAAGACGUUGCUGGAGAACCGGAUGACAAGCUUGUCGAAUUUCUUUGAGGCAGCGUGUAUCGCCGGCCCUUGGUCCGCCGACACCACGAACGAUAGUAAAUUAAAGUCGAAGUACAGAAACCUUUGUGCCGCGUGCGACAAUCCUGUCGGUUGUUACUCGAGUGAUAAGUAUCACGGUCGCGAGGGUGCCCUGUUGUGCCUUACUGAUAACGCAGGUGACAUUGCGUGGGUUAGAUUAAGUGAUACUCUAAAACAUUUCAAGGAUCAAGGGAUCAACAAGGAGGAUUACAAGUAUCUCUGUCCCGAUGGUACCACGAGGCCGGUGAAAUUCGACAAACCGUGCGUAUGGAUCACGAAACCCUGGCCAGCGGUCAUCGCUAGAUCAGAGGUAGCGGUAAAGGUGGAGAAGAUGAUGAACUCCCUGAUAAAGAACCGGUUAGGCUGGGUGCUGCUUCAAAUAAUGGAGAACUACCAUUCGACACCGGUGAGCACAAGUACUCUGGAAAAGCCGAUGGACUACCUAAUAAGAUUUCCGCGAUUCAUGAGCGCAAACUAUCGCUCAUCGUGUCAUCCGUCGAGAAGAGUAAAAUGGUGCGUCUCGUCGAAUCUAGAGGAGAACAAGUGUCGAUGGUUGAGAGAGGCUUCGAUCGUUUACGGUGUAGAGCCAGCGAUUGCCUGUAUCCAGGAAUUGAGCCGGGAAUCUUGUUUAAAGGCUGCUACAACCGAGCGUGCGGACAUAUUCGUCGCGAGGCCAGAGGAACUGUUGGAUGCCAGAAGGAUGGGUCUGAAAAUGGUCGUGCAGGCGGUACCAAGGAGGAACAACGAAUUUAUCAGGAUCGCAGCUGUCGUGAAACAGGAUUCGUGGAUCAAGAGUUUGAAAGACUUGAAAGGCGCCAAGGCGUGUUUCACGGGAUUUAGAGACGUGGGAUGGAAUAGUUUCGUGGCCACCUUGAAGAACAUCUCGUGUGGAAGCACACAUUGUUCCGAUACGGAAGCGGUUGCCGGUUUCUUCACGGAGAGCUUCAUUGUCGGUCUGAGCGACAGCGACGGACAAAUGCCGUGUAAUUUAUACCCGUUGACUAAACAAGCGAACGGAGUUGGAGAUGAUACCGCUGCCUUCGAAUGUAUGAUGUCUGGCCGUGGAGAUGUCGCUUUUGUCGACUUGAAGGGCAUCGAUGGAAAAACUGCUAGUUUAGCGCAAAAUCGUGCCGCUCAGCAAGACGAAGUAUCGAGGAUGAAGCAGUAUCGAACGUUAUGCUUCAAUGAAGUUGACACGAAUGAAGUAUGCUUGCUUACGUGGGCUCCGUUGAGCGCGGUGGUAGCGAGCGAAAAUAUGACGGGCUUGAGACGCGAAGAGAUCUACUUGAUGCUAUUGGAAAUGGACAAACUUUUCGGCGUCACAUUCCAAGGUGAAACGCCGGCGUUCUCGAUGUAUGGGAUGUACGAUUCAAAUAGUAGCAUUAUAUUCCCGGAAGCAACACAACAUUUACAAGCCGAAGUUCAUCAUUUUCAAAAAGUACCAGGUUAUCUUGAUAUCAUUAACGAUUUCGUAAAACAAGCUCAUUGUAGCGGCGCAAAAGAUUUGAGCUCCCAUUACAGUAACACGAUCCUUAUAUAUAUUUUUAUCGCUAUAUUAAGUAAACUACUAAGUGCCUAA